GUGUGUGUGUGUGAGUGUGUGUGUGACAGGGAGAGAGAGAGAGAGCGCGCGAGAGGAGAGCGAGAGAGCGAGCGAGCUGCGAGCCGUGCUGCCGCCGCCGCUGCCCUUUGAUCCCGACAUUAGUGUUAGGGGCUCGGAGACACAGCGCGCGGCCAUAGACACCGCCGCACCGGCGCUCAUUUAUUUAUACCUCCCAUCACACGCGAGCACAGGGCGCACACACACACUCACACCUAUUAGAUCCGUUUCCAUUGAAGAAUAUUACGCUCGGGGAGACAAGCCAGGUGCACGGCCAAAAAAAAAAAAUUAAAAAAAAAAGAAAGGAAAAAAAAAAAGAAAGAAAGAAAGGAAAAGAAGAAAACCCCUCUUCUGGCUCCAGGAAACAAGCUUCAACCCAUUGCACACACCGGAGAGAAGGGGUUUCCCCCUGCCCGCCCCCCAACUACCUCCCCGCUCCUGCCAGUGUCUGCCUGUCUGCCCCCACGGGGGUUUAUUUGAUCUCACAUUAACCGAGGAGGAGAAUGUGAGAAAAGGGGGAAAAUGCCCAGGAGGAAGCAGGAGCAGCCCAAGCGCCUUCCCUCACAUGUUAGUAGGCAGGCUGAAGCCGAGGGAGAGUUCAGCGAAGGAGAACACUGGUAUGGGAACUCUUCAGAGACUCCAUCAGAGGCGUCCUAUGGGGAAGUCCAGGAGAACUAUGCGCUGUCCCUGGAGGACCGGAUCCAAGAGCAGUCCACAUCCCCUGACACCUCUCUGGGCAGCGCCACUCCCAGCAGCCACACGCUGGAGCUGGUGGCACUGGAUGGUGACAUCCUUCGAGACUCACUGCAGUGUCAGGACCACCUUUCUCCCGGAGUGUCUUCCGUGUGUGACGACGACCCGCCUGGUUCCAAUAAACCUCUCAGCAGCAACCUGAGGCGGCUGCUGGAAGCCGGCUCCCUUAAACUCGAUACCACAGCCAACGGCAGGGUGGAGUCCCCCGUGAAUGUCGCGUCCAGUCUGUCAUUCUCCCCGCCCUCCCACCACGCCCAGCAACUCAGUGUCCUGGCCAGGAAGCUGGCAGAGAAGCAGGAUCAGAAUGACCAAUACACCCCAAGUAACCGUUUCAUAUGGAAUCAAGGUAAGUGGUUGCCCAACUCAACCACCACCUGUGGCCUGUCCCCGGAUUCGGCCAUCCUCAAACUGAAGGCUGCAGCCAACGCUGUUCUGCAGGACAAGUCCCUGUCCCGGACAGAGGAGACCCUGAGGUUUGAGUCCUUUCCCUCACCCUUCAGCUCCCAGUCCGCCAGCUCCACCUUGGCAGCUUUGUCUAAGAAAGUGAGCGAGAGAAGUCUGACCCCGGGUCAGGAGCACCCGCCCCCAGCCAGCUCCUUCCUGUCCUUGGCCUCCAUGACGUCCUCCGCAGCCCUUCUGAAAGAGGUGGCUGCCAGGGCCGCAGGGAGCCUCCUGGCUGAGAAGUCAUCCUUGUUGCCUGACGACCCCCUACCACUGCAGCCUUCUGAGAAGAAGCCAGAAAAAGUCACCCCGCCGCCGCCUCCUCCUCCUGCAUCCGCACAGCCUCAGUCCUUGGAAUUAUUGUUACUUCCAGUUUCCAAGGGAAGAGUCUCCAAGCCCUCCAAUUCAGCCCCAGAAGAAGAGAGCGGGAAGCCUUUCCAAUGUCCAAUAUGUGGUUUGGUCAUAAAAAGGAAGAGUUACUGGAAGCGGCAUAUGGUCAUUCACACAGGUUUAAAAAGCCACCAAUGUCCGCUCUGCCCAUUCCGGUGUGCUCGCAAGGACAAUCUCAAAUCCCACAUGAAGGUUCAUCAGCACCAGGACCGGGGAGAGACCUUUCAGUGCCAGCUGUGCCCCUUCACCUCUUCGCGCCACUUCAGCCUGAAGCUGCACAUGCGCUGCCAUCAGCACUUCCUGAGGACGGAGGCCAAGGUGAAGGAGGAGAUCCCAGACCCAGAUGUCAAGGGAUCCCCCCACCUCAGUGACAGUGGCUGCCUGGGGCAGCCGAGGGAAGGAGGAGGGACAGAGCUAGUGGGGACCGUGAUGACGUCUAAUACUCCAGAGAGGACUGGCCAGGGUGGGGCUGGCGUUGCACCUUUGCUGGUGAAGGAGGAACCCAAGGAAGAUAACGGCCUGCCCGCCUCCUUUACCCUGAAUGCUGCCGACAGGCCCGCCAACCAUGCAAAGCUGAAAGACCCCUCCGAGUAUGUGUCCAACAGUGCGGCAGCAUUGUUCAGCCAGGACAUCUCGGUUAAGAUGGCCUCCGAUUUUCUCAUGAAGCUGUCAGCUGCAAGCCAGACGGAGCCCAUGAAUCUUAACUUUAAAGUGAAGGAGGAACCCAAGGAAGAGGAGUCCCUAAGCACACCUUUGCCUCGGUCCAGUUACGUCUUCAGCCCGGAACCGGAAGUGGCGACCCCUAACCUCUCGGAGGAUCCACUGACGCCCCAGGAAGGCAAGGGCAACGUGCCAAGGCGGGACAUGUCUGCUAAAGCUGCCUCGGAACUCCUCAUGAAGCUCUCAGCAGGUCAGGUGGCCAUUGAAAUCCUUACCAACAGAACUAACACGGAAAGCUCCAAGGAAGUGAAGGUUAAAGAAGAGCCCAUGGAGGUGGACGCCCAGGACGCCCCUGUCUCCAUAUCACCCAGCCGGAACAUUGGCUACAGCACUUUAAUGGGUCGAGAGAAAAUUGAACCCUUACAGAAGCUUCCCGAAGGUAGAGUUCCCCCGGAGAGAAAUCUCUUCAGCCAGGACAUCUCUGUGAAGAUGGCUUCUGAGCUUCUCUUUCAGCUCUCAGAAAAAGUGAGCAAAGAGCACAGUCACACGAAGGACAACACCAUCCGGACGACCACCAGCCCUUUCUUUUCAGAAGACACAUUUAGACAAUCACCAUUCACCUCCAAUUCAAAAGAUCUGCUGCCGGGAGAAGCCAUGCUGCACGGAAGAAUACCGGCUCCAGAGACAGAGAAGAUAGUCCUUGAGGCGGGAAACGGAUUACCAUCCUGGAAGUUCAAUGACCAGCUCUUUCCAUGCGAUGUGUGUGGGAAAGUGUUUGGCCGACAGCAGACGUUGUCUCGACACCUGUCGCUGCACACAGUUUUGGUUUCUCCCCCAGAGGAAAGAAAAUACAAAUGCCAUUUGUGCCCCUACGCUGCUAAGUGCCGUGCAAACCUGAACCAGCACUUGACCGUGCACUCUGUGAAGCUGGUGAGUACCGACACAGAGGACAUCGUCAGUGCUGUCACUUCUGAAGGCAGUGACGGCAAGAAACACCCCUAUUAUUACAGCUGCCACGUGUGUGGAUUUGAGACCGAGCUCAACGUCCAGUUUGUAAGCCACAUGUCACUGCACGUGGACAAAGAGCAGUGGAUGUUUUCCAUUUGCUGCACGGCCUGCGACUUUGUCACCAUGGAGGAAGCGGAGAUAAAGAACCACAUUGGCACCAAGCACACAGGUGAUGACAGGAAGACCCCCAGUGAAUCAAACAGCCCCUCCUCAUCUUCACUGUCAACUCUGAGUGACUCAGCCAAUGGCAAAGAUGACUCAGACAGCUCCCAGAAAAGCAAGGGUGGGAACAACUUGCUGGUCAUCUCCGUGGUACCCGGGAGCCAGCCAUCACUGAACAGCGAGGAAAAGCCAGAGAAAGGGUUCGAAUGCGUUUUUUGCAACUUUGUCUGCAAGACGAAGAAUAUGUUUGAGCGCCAUCUGCAAAUCCACCUCAUCACCCGGAUGUUUGAGUGUGACGUGUGCCACAAGUUCAUGAAGACCCCUGAGCAGCUGCUGGAGCAUAAGAAAUGCCACACUGUCCCCACCGGUGGGCUCAACUCAGGACAGUGGUGCCCAUUCUGCAUCUAUUCCACCAACCGUCCUGCUGCCAUGGAGUGCCACCUCAAGACCCACUACAAGAUGGAGUACAAGUGCCGGAUCUGCCAGACGGUGAAGGCCAACCAGCUGGAGCUGGAGACGCACACCCGCGAGCACCGCCUGGGCAACCACUAUAAGUGUGACCAGUGCGGCUACCUGUCUAAGACGGCCAACAAGCUCAUCGAGCACGUGCGUGUGCACACCGGGGAGCGGCCCUUCCACUGUGACCAGUGCAGCUACAGCUGCAAGCGUAAGGACAAUCUCAACCUGCACAAGAAGCUGAAGCAUGCCCCCCGCCAGACCUUCAGCUGCGGACAGUGCCUGUUCAAGACCACACACCCCUUCGUCUUCAGCCGGCACGUGAAGAAGCAUCAGAGUGGGGAUGGCCCCGAGGACGACAAGAAAGGCCUGAGCCCAGCCUCCAGAGAGCCAGCUGGCCCUGCAGCCCCCCUCCUGGUUGUGGGGGGUGGCCGGAGUCUCUUGUCCCCACUGUCGGUCAUGUCCGCCUCGCAGGCUCUGCAGACCGUGGCCUUGUCAGCAGCCCACGGCAGCAGCUCGGAGCCCAACCUGGCGCUCAAGGCCUUGGCCUUGAGCGGCUCCCCGCUGUGUCUUGACAAAUACCGAAACUCGGAUUUUGCCCAUCUCAUUCCCUUGACAAUGUUGUACCCCAAGAGCCACCUGGAUCUCACAUUCCAGCCUCCCCGACCUCAGACUGCGCCUCCCAGCAUCCCCUCACCCAAACACUCCUUUCUUGCCUAUCUUGGACUAAGAGAAAGAGCAGAGACUGUCUGAGGACAGCCCUGUUCUGUACCAAAAACCAAGAGACAGAGACAGGAAAAGAUUAAAAACCCACAAAACUUAAACACAACCCCAGCAGGUGUAUGUUGCUGCAAAACCUACAGGCCCCAGGGGUCUGGACCAUGUGUACUGUAUAUCUUUAGUAAGGAGUAGAAAUUGGCUCUGUAUGUAUACCUAUUCCAUUGACCUGAAAGCUGCUUUAGCCAAUCUUCAGAGAAGUGGUCUGCUGCCUCCUCCUACCUUCAGAGGCAUGCCUCCCCAGCCAUCCCUCCCACUCUCAGCCCUCCCGAGUGCUUGCCUCUGAAAGGAAUUUUGUCAUGUUAAGCCCUGAAAAGAGUGCCCUUAAUAGCAAUCAGCACUUGGAAGCUUC